CGGAGGAAUCAGCUAGCUCAGUCGCUCGCGCCCUCGCUCUCUCUCUACCUUCUCUCUCUUCUCUUCAUCUCUUUCUCUGCUCUUUCCUCGCGAUCUCUCCAAAGCAAUGGGCCAUACGAGCGACACUACCAUCUAAACAUUCCUCGAUCCUCUCUCUCUCUCUCCGUGCUUUGUCAUCUUCUUUAGGGUUUUUGAAGGAAGAUAAAGAGGGUUUUUCCUCUCUCUCUCUCUCUCUCUCUCCAGCUUCCUUUUGGUGUCACUGGUUGUGGGGUGUGGCUCUGGCUAUGGCAGUCUUGCCUCUCAAUUCGCUCCCGCUGGGGUUCAGGUUCCGCCCCACCGAUCAGGAGUUGAUCGAUCACUACCUGCGAUUGAAGAUCAAUGGGAGCCACAAGGAAGUAAGGGUGAUCAGAGAAAUCGACGUCUGCAAAGUGGAGCCCUGGGACUUGCCUGAUUUAUCAGCUAUACAGACGAAGGAUCCAGAAUGGUUCUUCUUCUGUCCCUUGGACAGAAAGUACCCGAAUGGCCAUCGGCUUAACCGGGCAACGGGAACUGGAUACUGGAAAGCCACAGGGAAGGACCGGAAAAUAAAAUUGAGAGGAAACUUGAUUGGAAUGAAGAAGACUCUGGUCUUUUACACUGGCCGUGCUCCCAGGGGGAAGAGGACCAAUUGGGUGAUGCAUGAAUACCGAACAACUUUAGAAGAGCUCAAUGGUACUCAUCCCGGACAGGGUGCAUUUGUUCUGUGUCGUCUGUUCAAGAAGCAAGAUGAGACUCUUGAAGGCUCAACUUGUGAGGAUGGAGAAGUACUAGUUGCUUCUCCAAUAGCCAAAUGUUCACCUGAUGAAACCGAGUCAGAGUUAGCGGUAGCUCAAGAUGGACCAUCUUCUGCGACCCAAGAUAAACUGCCAGAUGAAGAUCGUGAUUUAGAACAAUACCAGCGUUCGCUUUUAAAGAAUAAUGAGGUGAAUUUGCCACAAGACAGUGAGAUGAAGUUGCUUAGAGAACCAAUGAUGGAGCUUUCUUUACCACCAUUACCGUUGCCGAUGAAAGAAGAGUUGGGAACUUCCGGCAUGUAUGGGGUUACAAAUGACAUUAGCUGUGACGAAACUGGUGUGUGGCUUCAGAAUGACAAGAAUGAAGAUGAUAUAUCUGACUUCUUUGCCCAUAUAUUCAAUGUUGACUAUGACGGCUCUUGUGAUGAGAGUGGUCAGCAUAAUUUGGAUUUUGGCAGCGAGAUCCGGAAGAAUGGGCCUGUAGGCGAAGACGAUUUAUUAAAUGAACUACCUAAGGAAGCGACUGAAAGACAGAUUGGAUGUCAAUUGGAGUGGGAUGAAGCAAAAGAUAAUGGGAGAGACGCGUUACAAAUGGGAAUGGCUCCAGAAAACUUCCAAAUGGGGUUCCCUGCGUCUAAUGUUGAUCAGGACUAUAUUGUCAAAGCUUCAAUGUUUGGAAUCUCUUAUGGGGAAGAACCAUCAUCUCAAUCUGACGCGAAGCCAAAUAGCAUUCACCUUCAAGGCCUAGACACUUGUUCAACUGCUCUUCAGAGUGGUGACACUUUUGGAACCGGAAUCAGGAUAAGGCCUCGCUCUUCACAAAUUUUGCAACCUCAGUAUGAUUAUGGGGCACAAGGUUCCGCUCGAAGAAGAUUACGUAUACAGUGUAAACUUCAAAUUGGUCCACUAAGCUGCAGUAGGAAGUCAAGUGAUUUUAUUUCUGGUGAUGAAGUUAAAAAAUCCAAGUCCGUUAAUGCAGAGGAGGAAAAAGUUUUCAAUAAGCUGGUUGGGGGUGGUGAAGAUUUGGUUGGUGACGAAUCUGUUAGUAGUAGUUCUAAUGAACCCCGGAAGCUUACUCCUUCUGAUAUCGAUGAAGGGAGUGAAGUUUCUGGAGAAAUAGACAGUAAGGUGACGCGGGAUGCAAGAUCGAAUAAGCAAUGUUCUAGAAGCAGAUUACUAGUCUCUUCUCUGUUCACAAUGGGACCUUCUAUUCGAUCAGUGUGGUCACACAUUAGUCUGUUUAGUUUUGUUGUUUUAUUAGUUUUUUCUUUGGGUGCAAUCGGUGCGUGGACUUUUAUUAACCUGUGAGGCCCUUGAGGAACAUUCCUCUGUGUGUAUUUUUGUCAUUGCCGUUUUUCCAGAUGACUAGUUAACCUCAUAGGUGGAGAUUCAGUAGAUUUCCCUUUGUCUAUAUGGUAAUAUGUCGGUGUAUUUAGGCUAAUCUGAUCAAUGGAUGCUCUAAUCAUGCGGUUUUCUAUUCA